AUGCCGACCUAUUCGGCGGCUGCGACACCGGCGACUACUGCUGCCACUUCGGCGAAGAAGCAACCUGCGACGACGGCGGCAGCAGCGGAUUUGAGAGCAGUGCCGGUCCUGCCUAAGGCUGUCACAUCUGCGGCGACCCCCGUCUCGAGGCUGUCGCCUUCCGGUAUAAAGAUAUUCACGCCCGUGACGGCCACGGCAGCGUCGGCCGUGGGCAGGGUGGCCCCCAUCACGGCGACGGCGCCCUCCGCCUCCGGGACGACGCCGGCCUUCACCAGGACCGUCCCCUCUGUGACGAAGGCGUUCUCCGCCGUCACGGCCGCGACGGGGGCCGUCACCGCCCCCCCGGCUGCGCCGCCGGCGUUCGUGUCGGCGCCCGGCGCGACGGGGCAGAAGGCGCUGCAGCCGGUGCCGCUGGUGGCGAGUUUGCCGGCGAGCGUGCCGCACGCGGCCCCGGCGACGGCGGUGCUCGCGGGGAAGGCCGGCUCCCCGCCGGGCUGGGGCGGCACCGGAGCCGCGUCGCCCGUGACGGUCGGCGCUCCGCCGUCGUGGGCGGCGGCGGCGGCGUCGGUCCCGCGGUCGACGCCCUGCGCGUCGAGGUCGCUGUCCCCGGCGACGCCGACGCCGACGCCGCCGCCGCCGGCGCUGCCGCCACCCUGCCACUCGCCGGCGCCCUCCGGGGUCGCGUCGCCGGCCAACAGCGCACCCACGCCGUCGUCGGUGCGGUCUCCCGUGGCGGCCACCCCUCCUUCCGGGACCGCCGCAGGGUCGCCGAUGACGCCGCCGCUGCCGCUGCACAAGGCGGUCGCCCCGGUGACGAAACCUGUCCCGACCGCGACGGCCGUUUCCGUGACGACGUCGAGUGCGACCGCGACCAAGACGAUUCUGGCGGGCGACGCGUCGCAGGCCGGCAAGGACGACCAGCAGCAGCGGCUGCACGAGAUACACAAGUACGACCGCGACGACGAGGAAGACGACGACGAGGAGCGCGCCGGCGGGCAGGCGUCCAAGGGGCGGGGCUUCCUCGACCUGUGGGACGUGAGUAGCGCUCACCGCAGCUCGCCUCAGCCUAGACACCCUCUGUGCCGCUCUUACGCUCCAAACUAG